AUGUCGGACGAUUCAGAACAGGUAAAAAAAGUGGCCUCUGAAUCGAAAAAUGCAAGCGAUACUUUAAAUACAUCGUCUUCUAAGGAACAGAUCGAUCGCCGUGUUCCAGUUGGACGUUCUACAACAGCAGUUGCCAAUUCAUCUGGUUUGAUUUCUAACAAGAAUUACUCGAUCCGCUCAUUGAAACGAAAGAGGAGCAGACACGACUCAAGCCUCCGCGUCUGUUGUACGGAUUGCGGCGCAUUUUCUAGUUACAAGAUUGGGGAUUAUGUAAAGUGUGAGCAUUGCAACAACACAGAUUUUGAAUUAUUUUAA